AUGGAUGUUCAAGCAAAGUUUGAACAACUUGCACAAGCUUUGAGUGAGCUCGUAAACCCCCUCACCGAUCGCCGUGCGACUGCUCCGUUGCAAGUGUGCUCCGCCCCUGCUUCAUUUUCGCUUUUACCGUUAUCGCUUGCCCCGGUGCCUAUUUGGUGCUCUCUGCUGUGGGCGUCGUCUCCUCGUGUGACGACACAGGUGUUGAACAGUUGGAUGCAUGGUCAGCCCACAGGACUGAAACAACCAACUCCAAUUUCAUGGGAGAAGUGUGCUGGCACUGAUUGGUCAAUGGUUACCACAAAUGAUGGCAAAAGAUACUUGGUCGUUCCAUAUAUUCGCAAGGUAUGCAUGGAUCAUUAUGUGGCCUUUCUAAGAUCAUCUUGUAAGUCUUUUAUGAAGGUGGAAACAAUGAUGGGAACUCACACAGUGGGGAGACUGAAGGAACGAGUGAAGGAAUUGAUGGGAAUACGACUGAGGUAA